AUGAGUUCUAAAAGACCCCUGCAACCUCUCAAUGACGUCCACCUGAAUAAGGCAAAUGUUCCUCCUUUAACUGCAAAAACACCCAUCAAAGGGUCUGUCACAAAACCGGAAGCAGGCAAGAAGAAGAAGAGAGAGAAGCUUAGCUCCUUGUGCAAGACUCCUCCAAGUAUAGUCAAAAAUAGACAUGGUAGAGGCUAUAGAAGAGGACACUUCCUCGGUGAAGGUGGCUUCGCUCGUUGUUUCCAAAUGAAAGAUGAUACUGGCAGAACAUUUGCAGCAAAGACUGUUGCGAAAGCAUCAAUUAAAAAUGAGAAAACCAAAACUAAGCUUUUGAGCGAAAUCAAAAUCCAUAAAAGUAUGUCACAUCCAAACAUCGUCGAGUUUAUAGACUGCUUUGAAGACGAUGUUAACGUUUACAUCUUGUUAGAAAUAUGUCCCAAUCAAUCCUUGAUGGACCUUUUGAAAACCAGAAAGAUUUUAACUGAAGCUGAAGCGAGAUAUUUCAUGGUCCAAAUUAUUGGUGCUGUCAAAUACCUACACAGAAGAAAAGUUGUUCACAGAGAUUUGAAAUUGGGUAACAUCUUUUUCGAUCCGCAAAUGAACUUAAAAAUUGGUGAUUUUGGACUUGCAACCAUUAUAAAUUCUGCACAUCCAAAGAGAUACACCAUUUGCGGUACACCAAACUAUAUUGCACCUGAGGUUUUAGGUGGUAAGGAAGUCGGACAUGGCUUUGAAGUAGACAUUUGGGCCAUUGGUAUCAUGCUAUAUGCCAUGCUUUUUGGUAAGCCGCCUUUCCAAGCUAAAGAUGUCCAGGUUAUCUAUGAACGGAUCAAAACUAAUGAUUAUAAAUUCCCACCAGAUUCAACCGUGUCCUUAGAAGCCAGACAGCUAAUUAGAGAUAUGCUUUCAACUGACCCUUACCAAAGACCUUCAUUAGAUCAGAUUCUUAACUAUGAUUGGUUCAAAUGUGGAGCAUUCCCAUCCCAUGUAACAGUAGAAUCAUUGAAGCAGAAGCCAAAACAUCUUGCAUUCAUUACAAAAGAAGAAUCAAUGAUCAACCUUGCAAAUUGUAAACAAAUGGUCGGUAUCAAUGAUGUGCCAAAACAUCCAGUGGAGAUCUUGAGAACAGACCUAGAAAGCGAACGCCCAAAAACUUUACUUCCGCAUUCAUUAUCGCCUGAUAAUAACAAAAACAAAUACAAAGAGGUUUCACCUGUAAACAUCAAACCUUAUAAGUCUAAGAUCUCUAACCAAUUGUCAAAGGCUAAGUAUGAUAACAAAAUGGUUUUGAUGUUGAGCGAAUCACUAUCAACUACUUUGAAAAAUAUAAAAGACAUUGAAUCCGGACAACUACAGCCAAAUCCAGAAUUACUGCAAAGACCCCAACUAGUCAGUAAAUGGGUCGAUUAUUCUAACAAGCAUGGCUUUGCCUAUCAACUUUCCAACAAUUCCAUUGGGGUUUUAUUCACUGAAGGACACACCGUACUGAAGUUCCAAAACAGAGAUGACAUUUACUUGAUUCUGCCUGAUGAAGAAUGUGGAUGGAAAGUUGACCACUUUGCUCCUGAGGAGAUGCCAAAAUCGUUAACCAACGAGAUGCAGGUUAUUGAAUUUUUCGAUAAAUACAUGACUGCCCAUUUGUCUGAUGUUUCUAGUGAUACUACCAGCAUUCAAAACGCAGGUAUCUUUUUGAGAAGGUAUACCCGUGAUGACAAUGGUAUAAUGUUCGAGUUAAGCAAUGGUAGUUACCAAUUCAAUUUUAAGGAUCAUCAUAAGAUUGUCAUUUCCGAUUAUGGCCAUUAUAUUACGCACAUCACACCAAAUAAAGAAAUUGAGACAUUGCCUUUAGACUAUGUUUUAGAAAAUGGUAACUUUUAUGAAACAGCAGAUGACUACUUCACAGUGAAAUACAACUUCAUGAAGCAUGCGCUCAGGGAAAAGCUGUCAAUUUAA